AUGAGCGGGGAGUUCCUAGGAGAGGGACUCACAGCGAAGGCUUAUCUGGUAAGCCUGAAGAAGGAAGGCGAUGCCGUCCUGAAGGAAAUACGCGUGCUUCGGAAGCUGAAGGGCGUCGGAGGCGCUCCGCGGCUGUUAAGCGUGUGCAAGCGGCCGCCUGCCUUCCUGAUGGAGCACUGCUGUGGAAGGACGCUCGAAGACCUUCGCUGCGACGACACCGUCAGCGGCAAGACUCUAAUGGAGGUGGCGCUUCUAGUCACGCGCCAGGUCGCGAGGCUCCACGCGAGGGGCUUCGCCCACAACGAUGUCAAGACCGACAACUGCGUGGCAGACGUGAGCGCCACGCCCUUCACGGUUCGCCUCAUCGACUUCGGCAACAGCACGCGCCUCGGGGAGAGCCCCUGCUACGACGUUGACCCCGAGGGCAUGCACCUGGCGCCGGAGCUGUGCCGCUCCGGGGUGGCAACUUCUGCCACCGAUGUCUUCUCCUUGGGGACACUGUUGAAGGACCUCAUGGAGAUGAGGCCCGACGACGCCUUCCCGAAGAUGCUCCCGCGCCUCGCCAGGAGCGCCUGCAGGGAGGAUCCCAAGCGGCGCCCCUCGAUGGCGCUCUUCACGGAGGCGCUGGAGGCCGUCGUGGCCAAGAUGGGCGGGUCCCUCAGCUAG